CCCAAAUUCCGACCACCCACGAGCAAAAGCCAAAGCAAAGGCGUCUCUGCCAUCGCUGUCUUUUCUCUUGUCUCUUCCUCACAAAACAACAUCAAAAGUUAAACCAAAAGCAAACAAAAACUUACACAGCAAACCCCCUCUUCGAAGUAGCGCCAUGACAUCCACCCAAGCAACAGCAGCAUCAACCACCACUAAAAAGUACCACGUUUCCGUGACGGGCAUGGAUAUUCACAGUUGGUCGGCAGUGCCCACGUUUAUGAGUUUUGCCCGUCGCUCCAUGCAGCAAGCCAAAGAAGCCAAAGGCGUCGUUCAUGUGCAAGGAGGCUAUCAGAAGGGAGUUCAUCAUACUUUAACCGUGUGGGAAGAUCGAAAUGCCACGGUCCAAUACCUGCGAUCCGGUGACCACAAGGAAGCCAUGGCAGCAUCCAAGGAUAUUGGAACCUUUGUACAAGUGUACGGAUACGACAGUGACGAAAUUCCAUCCAUGGAGGAGGCCAUUCAAAAGUGGAAGGAACACGGACAUGUCGUUUUUCGACAAAAAACACCACCAAAGACCACAACUACACAAUUAUUGACGUCUUGGAUGCUUUUGGGAGUCGCCUUUUUUGGAGUCCUUCAUGUACUGACGCGAACGGGAGUGCUGCCCGUAUCAUCUGUGGCUGCCUUGACAGCGUCGUCCUAAGAAAAUUUACUAGUAUGUUAUAGAAAUCGGAAUGAAUACAUGAUUUAUUGUUCGUCGGCAUAAGAAAUAUAGCUGCCUUCAAUAUUUGG